AUGGAUAGUUGUAUAGGUAUUGUUGGUAAAGAUUUUGUAUUAAUGGCAGUUGACGGAAAUAGUGGAAGAGGGGUCAUUACAGUUCGGAAUGAUUUUAAUAAAAUAUAUCCUGUUCAAGGAAAUCGAUUAUUAACAAUUAUUGGAGAAGGUAAUGAUCGUCAAGUAUUAGCUGAUUUUGUUCAAAGAAAUAUUGCUCUUAAUUAUUAUCGAAAUGGAUUAAAAAGUACUACACAAUCAAUUGCCCAUUGGAUUAGAAGACAAGUAUCUGAUUCAUUACGUGAAGGUGGAUAUCAGUGUAGUAUGCUUCUUGGUGGUGUUGAUGAGAAACCAGAAUUAUUUAUGAUAGAUCAAUUUGGAACUUUAGUUCCUGAAACAUAUGCCUCACAUGGAAUUGGAAGUAAUUUUGUGUAUGCACUCUUAGAUAAAAAUUGGCACUCUGGCAUGGAAUUUGAAGAGGCUCUUGAAUUAAUGAAAAAAUGUAUUAAAGAAAUUCAAAAGAGAGUAAUUGUCUCUUCUUCUCAUUAUUGCAUUGAGGUUUGUUACAAGGACAAAACUGAAUUAAUUCAAGGCCCAGAAGUAUUUCCACCAGUAAAUUAA